AUGGGGCCAGUCGUACCACGGCUUUCUUCGCAGGAGCAGGCCCAGUUCGUGUCACCGCACCGUCGACCAGGUCGGCCUACACCCGCCCUUCGCAAGACCUCCGCUCGCCGGAGCCGAAGCGAUGCAGACCCGGACCGGAACCGAGAGGUCGACUUGUUUCAGAUACCGGAGCAGUUGCGGGAGGCUCGUCGCCGCACCUCGGAGCUUGAGGCUCAGCUUGCAGAGCUCCGACAGCGUUUGCAGCAACAGGAGCAUCGUGUCCUGGCGGCUGCACCGUUCUACCCGGGUGGUGGAGCUCUUCUCACACCUCCCCCGGCUUUCACUGCACGAGCGGCUGGUGACAGACCUGUUUUCUAUUCGACAACUGCACCAGUUUCUCCCCUGGCAACAGAUCGUGGCGCAUGUGGCGCUCUGGACGGUCGGCGGUACAUGUCAUUGCACGUGCCACCGGGUGAAGCAGAGCGCAACGGCGGUGAAAAGCUUGUCUCGCCACUUGUAAGCGCACGAAGCCGAACCCCACAGCGACAGAGUGACCUGAUGGAGCCCUGGAUGAUGCGUUCUCAAACUCCACCAGCUAGGCCGGAAGCAUCUUUGAUGUAUAUGCGCCAGCCUGCCUAUUUCCCUUCACGGGACUCGGUACCGGCAGUACCUUCGAAUUCAGUACAGAGGAUGUCACCUGUGCCGGUGGCACCCGUGCCAGUCCUUACCAGUCCACCAGCGAUUGUUCAAAGAUACAUGGCGACCAGCCCUACCAGAAUUGGAGUCACAAGUCCAGUGCGUUUCGUGGGCGAGUGGCAGAGGCGAGUGCAGCCAACUACAACCUUUUGGUUUCAGCCUCCGUAUGUGGCGAGACAGUCUGCGCCACCUGCGGGACAGAUGCCAGGACCAGGGCCAAUCAGUGAGCCGGUGGGGUCAAGAUAUCCAGAUCCUACAACAGGACCUGGCCCACCGGCCCAGGACGUUCUCAGCGCAAGCUUCAGUGACAGACGCUCCAGCUUGCGCGAGGGCUGUUGA